CUAUUUUCCUAUAAACCCAUAACCAGGAGCAAUUCCAAAGCCAAUUCAGAGCAGGCCAAAAGAAAAACAAACUCAGCAAUGGAGAGAAGCAAAGUGAUGAAGAUGACAAUGGCAGCACUGGGAUUAGCUUUAGUGUUAAUGGUUCAACAGGCCGAUGCUACAAGGUACAUUGUGGGAGGGGGAGGCAUUGGUUGGACCACUAAUGUCAAUUACACUGUAUGGGCUAAAGGAAAGCAGUUCUACAAUGGCGACUGGCUCUUUUUCGUAUACGAUCGGAACCAGAUGAACGUGCUAGAGGUGAACAAGACGGACUACGAGUCGUGCAACUCUGAUCAUCCACUUCACAACUGGACAACCGGAGCAGGAAGGGAUGUGGUUCCGCUUAACGUGACUCGCCAUUACUAUUUCAUUAGCGGCAAAGGGUUCUGCUACGGAGGCAUGAAGCUAGCAGUCCGUGUCGAGACCCCGCCUCCACCUCCUAAGGCUGCUCCGUUGGACGAAAAGAGUGGCUCCUCACCGAGUACCGCUGUCUACAGGGGCCAGCUUGUUAUACCGGCUGCUCUCGCCAUUGCUGCAGUGUGGGAUGCAUUUGUUCGAAUCUGGUAGUUUCGGAAAUGAGAUCGAACUCAAGAUAAUUCCUUCAUCAAUUGUGAAACCGAAUCGAAACGAUUCGUAUUCCAUUUCUUCUUAAAUUAUUGGUGUGUUUUUUCAUUUCUUUUUUGUUCCAAAAUAGUUGACAUGGAACCAGCUUUAGGAGGCGUUUGAACUUUGAAAAUAGUUGCCUCCUUUGUUGGAGAAAUUAUUGUUUGAAUUUGUGGAAAAAUGCAAUGUUAUUUAGUUUUUUCA